UGUGAUUUAUUCACAGUCAAAAUGUACCAUGGUGGAAUCAUAAGGGAGAACAAAUAUGUAGGGGGAAAAAUUAGCUACUAUGACAAUGUGGACAAGGACAAGAUGUCCCUAAUUGAGGUGGAUUCUAUGGUGAGAGGGAUAGACCCUACAUAUGUUGGAAGGAGGAUGGACUACUGGUAUUCAAUUGGGAGUGAAGAUGAUGCUCUGACCAAGCUUUCCACAGACUUUGAUGCCAUACAAAUGUGUUGUUGUGUACCUCAGAUCAGGUUGGUAAUCAUCUACUUAGAUCAUUUAGAUCUGCAUGACGACUACCAAUCUGAUGGGGAUGAUGUCGAGAUGUUUGAUGAUGACCCAACUGCAUGGGGGUAUAGUCAAGCCGGUUCAACAGGGGUGGUGAUUGAAGAACUUCCUGAUUCACCAAAGAGGAAGUGCUGUGUAAAGAUCGAAGAGUUGCCAGAUUCACCUAAAAAGAAGCCUGACGUUAUGAAAGGAGAUCCAAAGUUAGGACGUCGGGUUAAAGUAUGUGCAAACAGAAAAAAGGCUGUGGGAAUUGUGAUUAGAGAGGUCGAAGAAGAGGUUCCAACUCAAGCAAGCAAGGCUGCAGUAUGUGACAGCAAAGACAAAGGGAAACAAAAAGUUGUAGAACAGCAAGAAAGAGAAGAUUAUGAAGCUGAGAUGUUUGAGGACUUGGUAGACAUAGAUGUCAAUGAUGCAAGGUGUUACAUGGACCCUAUGAGCAGUGAAGAUGAUGCUAGUGAGGAUGCAGACUAUGAUCCAUGUAGGGAUGAUGAAGACUAUGCUAAUUAUGGUGUUGAUGAUGACUGGUUAGAUUAUGUGGAAUGUGAAGAGAGUGUGGACAAGCAUGAGCAAGCUACUGAGGAUGUAGGAACAAGUGCUGGAGAUAGGAAGGGAAAGAAGAAAGAGGCAAAGUCAUAUGAGCAAGCUAGUGUUGGAACAAGUGUUGAUGUGGAUGAGAACAUGGAGGUUGAAGAUAAUGAGCCAAUGUAUGGGGCUCUAGACUCUGAUGAAGAGGGGAUUGGUCAUGAAGCAAACUCAGAUGAUGAGGGAGAUGAUAUGCAAAGGUUUCCAGAGUUCAACCCCAAGACAGACAUGGGGAACCCUCAGUUUUGUAAGGGUAUGAGGUUUGCAUCUGCUAAGAUAUUGAGAGCUGCUGUAAGGGAGAAGGCAAUACAAAAGGGUUGGGAGGCCUUGUUUGUGAAGAGUGAUAGAGUGAGGGUGAGGGUGAUUUGCAAAGCAGAAAACUGCCCCUUCGAGCUGUAUGCCUCUAAGAUGCAGCAUGAAGACACUCUAAUGAUCAAGACAUACAAUGGUCAACACAACUGUGCAAGGGUGCUAGAUAAUAGCAUGGUUAGGACCCCUUACCUGACUGAAAAGUUUAUUGAUCAGAUAAAGCUUAACCCUGAUUGGUCCACAGAAUCUCUAGCCCAAACUAUGUCAGCAAAAGUGCAAGCAAGAGUCUCAGUUCAGCAAGCAUAUAGAACCAAGAAGGCUGCAUUGAGUAUACUUGAGCGAUCACAUGCAGAGCAGUAUUCAAGGGUGAAGGACUAUGCAGCAGAGUUGAAGAGGGUUGAUCCAAGCACAACAGUCGACAUCCAAUGCGACUACAAUAACCCUGGCCAGAAACCUAUUUUCAAGCGGAUGUAUGUUUGUCUGGGUGCACUGAAGAAGGGAUUUAAAGCAGGCUGUAGGUCAUUGAUAGGACUAGAUGGUUGUCAUCUGAAGAGUCCUUAUGGAGGUCAACUUUUGUCAGCGGUUGGAGUGGAUGCUAACAACAGUACUUGGGUAGUUGGUUAUGCAAUGGUGGAGCAGGAGUGUAAGGAUAGUUGGAUAUGGUUUCUGGAGUUGUUGGCUAAUGACUUGGACAUUAGGAGUGAUGGAGCUGGGUGGACGUUUAUAUCUGAUAAACAAAAGGGCCUUUUACCAGCAUUUGAGGUGGUUUUGCCAAGUGCGGAGCACAGGUUCUGUGUAAGACAUUUAUGGACGAAUUUCAACAAGAAGUUUCCAGGGAAAGCUUUGAAGGACCAAUUAUGGGCCAUCGCAAAGUCAACCACAAUGGCUUACUUUACUAAGGAGAUGGUCCUAAUGAACCAAAUGGAGCCAGGGGCUUAUAACUAUCUCACAGGUUUGCAAUGCUACCAUUAUUAUCGCUUCAUGUUCUUUAUAUUCUUGACAUUGAAUUUUCAAUACAUUAACUGCCAAUGUUGUGCGUUUUGUAGAGCCUGAAAGACCUGCAAAGCACUG